AGAGACUUGAACAACAAUCAAAAAUCUUUGUGUGUGUUUCUAAAUGUUUUUGUACUUUUUCUUAUGUGUUUUAUCCAUUUAGGAUAAUACUAACCUGUAUAUGGUAAUGGAGUAUGUUCCUGGAGGAGAGAUGUUCUCCCACUUACGCAGAAUCGGCCGGUUCAGUGAGCCUCAUGCCCGAUUCUACGCCGCCCAGAUAGUUCUGACCUUUGAAUACCUUCACUCGCUUGAUCUUAUCUACCGAGAUCUGAAGCCUGAAAACCUGCUCAUAGACCAGCAGGGAUACAUACAGGUAACAGAUUUUGGUUUUGCUAAACGUGUAAAGGGCAGGACCUGGACACUGUGCGGCACGCCUGAGUACCUGGCGCCAGAAAUCAUCCUCAGUAAAGGUUAUAAUAAGGCAGUGGACUGGUGGGCUCUGGGAGUGCUGAUCUACGAGAUGGCUGCUGGUUACCCUCCGUUCUUUGCUGACCAGCCCAUUCAGAUCUACGAGAAGAUUGUCUCUGGGAAGGUCCGAUUCCCCUCGCAUUUUAGCUCUGACCUGAAGGACCUGCUGAGGAACCUGCUGCAGGUAGACCUCACGAAGCGCUUCGGGAACCUCAAGAACGGCGUCAACGACAUCAAGGGCCACAAAUGGUUUGCAACCACCGACUGGAUCGCAAUCUACCAGAAGAAGGUGGAGGCCCCCUUCAUCCCUAAGUGCAAAGGCCCCGGGGACACCAGCAACUUUGACGACUACGAGGAGGAAGAAAUCCGGGUGUCUUUCACAGAGAAAUGUGGAAAGGAGUUUGCUGAAUUCUAGAAGCAGCAGGAGUGGAGGAGAGAGGGAUGGAGAGAAAUUAGAUGUGGGGCAACAGUGAGAAGAAAACGUUUUCCAGGGUGAGAUGAUGAACCGGACUGAGCCUGUAUCUGGUAACAACAACAACAACAAAGUAGAGCCCUCGCGCACUGAUGGAGGGAGAAGAAGAUCAGAAAGUCCUGAGAGAGACGCCAGCAGUGUUGCCUUUUCAGAUCCUUCGUCACUUGUUACUUGUCCAUUUUCAUGUUUUCCCUCUUGUUUGGUAGCCAGGGUCCAUUGGGCGGAGAUUCAGUCACUUCUCUGUGACUGGCUGGCAUGGGGAUAUUUGUGACUUCUUCUUUCUUUCUUUUUUGUUUCUUUUUCUUUUUUCAGAGAUAUAGAGGUUACUUUCUGGUACUGAAUUUUGGCUUCUCCAGAGAACAUUACCCCCCCCCUUUUUUUUUUUAUCAGCGAAGGUGUCCUUGCUCUGUAGUUCUCCACUCUGUCACAUCUUGUUUACUUCCUGUGCACCUAUUGGCACCCAAUACCAAAUCAAUCCCACGAGUUUUGGCUUUUUUUUUUAGAAAUCACACAUUUGCCAUUUGAAUUUCAAGCAUCGCGCCGCCAUCCUUCAAAUUUAUCAUCACAUACUGGUUGGGUACAAUUUCCCAAGAUCAGGCAGAAUCAGACACUGAUUUGGAUCAUCAUUCUCUAGAUCAUGUUGUGGCGCUCUACGUGUCCUAAAAGCCCAGCUUGUCAUACGAAUAGAACGUGUUGGCUUUAAAAUGGCCACCGAUAAGACCGUUACACCACUUUAUAUAACAUGAACAAGCAUGCUUAAAUCUCCAAAUCCAUGACUUUUUCCUAGAUGGCUAAAUUUUCCAGGAGUAAAUCAACAGGAAAUGGGAAAGUGAAGGAAUGCAGUGAAUUGGCCGAGCACAAAUGCUUCUUGUUUUUAGAAUGACGCUUUUAAAGGGGAACGUUAACGUUUUCUGUGGUUACACCCGGUUUCUGGUGGAAGCUGAUGAUGAUGAUGAUGUUUUUUCGUUAUUAUUAAUUUCAUCACCUGCCAGUAGCCAAACCCUUUCUGGCAUUUCUUCUUUUAUCCUUACAGAAGACGGACAUUCAAUACGUGUUUUAACUCUCUACGGCUUCACUAAUCAACUCUGUUUCUGCUUCAAAUAAGCUUGUUGUUCGUGUAGACUUUAUCGUGCGUUAUUAAGACCAGUUAGUGAAGCUCCAUUCGACCUUUCGAAAUAUCGUCCGACGAAUUGAUCAACUUUCUCUCUUGCUCUUUUAAACUCUGGGAUGCAAGAGAAUCUAAAUGCAAACGUCCCCAUAUUUGUUUUGUUUAGUUUGCAGAAACGUGCAAUAGUGCGUAGUGUGUCGCAAAGAUUUUAUUUCGUUAUGCUCGGAAAGCUUCUCGUCAAUGAAGAUUUAAUUAGAUGUAGAUGAAACUGAACUGCAGUCUGUUGAGUAACCAAAUGAAAAGGACAUAAUAUAUUAGCUUGAAUGGAUUGAUAAGUCAUUAUUUUUGCGUUUUUGUAUGUUCAUUUGCUGCCCCUAGUGGCGCAAAAUUUAAACGCUUCACAUUUAAAUGUGAGACGCCAAUUAUCGCUUGUUCUUCAGGAGUCGUCUGCUCAUUAGGUGCCGCGCUAGAUGCAAAUUUGUUUUUUGGCUUGUUUUUUUAUGAUGAGUAGUGUAACUUAAUUUUGCUGAAUGUUACAGGUUAAAAUGGUAUUGGUAAGCAACUCUCCCUGUGUCUUUUAAUAAUGGUAGCAUCAAUUGGACACUACAGGAUGAUGCCAUUUGAUUUUACAGUUUAAGAUCAAAUACCUGUUCAUUUACGUUUCCCGCUCAGGAAAUGAUGUCACUGUAAGCUGCCAGGUGCACCGACAAAACGGAUCAGAUUGGGUCCGUUUUUGAUCAGUCGUGCUUUUAGAAACGGAGACGGAAGUAAAAGGCAGAUGUUUGUAUUUCACAAAGCUUUUGGAUAGGUUUAGAUUUCUUUUCCCUGCAUGCCUAGCUACUGCUGGGACAUUUACUCGCCCCAUUUCUGGAGACUUCAUAAAAUGGGUGUACAAACAGGACACCACCUUUUGGGUUUCAAUAGCUGAAAAACAAAACAAUCAGUGUUUAAAUGAUGCUUCUGUAUGAUUGGAUUUGCCAGCAGGCUCUUCUGCACUGGUUUUGUGAUGUUAGAAGCAACGUAAGACUAUCUUUAACUGGUGCACUGAGUUCUAAUGUACAGGUUGGCUUUCUUAUUAGCUUUAUCCUCCUCAACUUUGAGCUUGAUCGUGAUAUGGAAGGCUUCUGUUUUAAGCAACAGCGGUUUAAAUUGGUGAAAUUAUGGCUCACUUUUUUUUUUCUUUAUUGUCAGAGCAUGACAUUCUUGGUGGUAUUCAUGUCAUCCCUCCAUGUCUGCCUGAUUCUUGGGGCCCUGUCCCUCACUUUCAAAUACAUGGGUGUCACACAUCC